CCCGACACUCCUCAGGCCUUCCAGAGACCGAGGGUUUUUCUUCCUCUCUAUCCUGCUAUCAGAAUAAUUCAGUGCAGGGAGAUGCCACACACUGCAUAGCCGUGUGGAGGACCCGAUUACACCCAGCCAGGAUAUCAUCUUGGCACUACUUCCGUACAAACAACAACGAGCCCAUCGAUGGCAACCCCAACCCGCCUGUUCAGGCGCCUACUUCGCCAAGUGCGGCGACAUGACUGGAGAUGUCUGAUAGCAUACUCGGCGCUGAUCCUGCUGUCGGCCUCCAUCUUCCUGUAUCUUCUUCUCGCAUACUACCUCGCGGGAGAUCCGCGUCUUGUUCCACACACCAUCCAGCAAGCGCGGAACGUCCUUCUCGUCACGGCACAUCCCGAUGACGAGACUUUGUUCUUUAGCCCAACUAUCCUUCACGGUCGCGAGAACCCGGAUGUCACUCGUUCCUUGUUGGUGCUAUCGACGGGCGACUAUCAUGGCCAAGGAGAUAUCCGCAAGGCGGAAAUUGAACGUAGUUGUACCGCACUCGGCAUCUCAUCUGCUCGCUGCGUUGUUCUGGAGCACGGUGCCUUGCAGGAUAAUCCAAAGAAGUGGUGGCGCCAGGAUGUCAUUCAGGACAUAGUCGCCCAUUACGUUCACAUGUGGAAAGUGGAUCUGAUUUUCACCUUCGAUAACGGUGGAGUCUCCGGCCAUAUCAACCAUAGGGCCGUAAGUGCCGGUGUUCGAAAAUACGCAGAGGAUUUUCCGCAUGCCCCGCCAGUCUAUGCCCUACAGAGUACAUUCCUCCUGCGCAAGUACUCGUCGCUCGUUGAUCUGAUCUUGACCUCUGUGCCAUUCGCCUGGCGCAUCGGGGCAGCGGUCCUGACAGCCGCACCGCCACCCACAGGACACGACAUAUACGGAAACAGAGCGCUGCUGGUAAGUCCGUGGCAGACCUACCUAACUGCGCGAACAGCAUUCAGUCAACAUGAUAGUCAGUACUCAUGGGACCGGGUGUUGUACUUGAUAGUGAGCCGUUAUAUGUGGUUUAAUAAUUUGUAUCGGAUAGCCUAAGCUGUGAUUAUGUUCUAUCAAAUAUUCUUUCAUUAAGCAAAACUAUUUGUCUCCAAUAUGAUAUCCAAACGUAAAACCGUGAGCAG